AUGUGAAACAUGCAACAGACUGGUCUUCACUGACUACAGACUGCACACCAGAGACAGACACUGUUCAGUGGUGCAGAAAAGCUCAUUGUGACCAAGAGAAACAUGGAUUCUAGAAAGUCUCGAAAAGAGUGGAAUUCAUCUCAGAAUCCAAAAACAGGACAGCCUUUGCUUCCACUGCAGCAGGAUCCUCCGGCGUACUCCGGUUCUGGAUUCUCUCCCUCUCACAAUUAUCCCAGCAGUUCCCAGCAAUAUGGAGCUCCGGCAACAUCUGGCCUGUGCACUGAAGGGUCAUAUCCAGUGAGUGUGGUCACAAUGCAGCCUACGAAUGAAGUGUUCACUCCACUGACAAAUCCACUGCCAGAUUACCUGUGCUACUCCAUCUUUACCAUGCUGUGCUGCUGUGUGCCUCUGGGAUCAGCUGCCCUUGUUUACUCCCUCACAACUCGAGAUGCUAACAUGUUUGGACACCAGCAUAUAGCCAGCAGAAACUCCAGAAUGGCACGCAUCCUCAACCAUGUCAGUGUUGCUAUUGGCCUAUUCUUCGGUUUGAUUUUUGCGGUCUACUUCAUAUUUGUUAUCAUGGCAGUUAAACACAUUCGCAACUUUGGUCUAUAAUUGUAAGCAAUUUCAUGCAGGACACCAGAAAGUUGAUAAUAUUGAGGGUUUAUGUUUCAAAUACAAGCACAUUUUCAGUUUCUGCUUUUAAAUGUCAGUGUUGCUCAUUUUAUUUUUUGUAUAAUGGCUUUAAUACUUUUUACUGUAUGUAUGAGCUUUAUGUGGAGGACUAGUGAGGAAUGAUUCAGCAUGUUUAAUGUAACUUAUCACCAUAUCAUUGUUCAUACAUAAUUAAAGCACAUGCUUUUGAAAGUUAAUUAUUUUAUGUUUUAAAACAAUGAAAGCUGUAACUAUUAAUGUAAAUGUUGCAUCAAUAUUCUGCUUGUUUUUAUAUUACAUAAAACAUGGAAUAAUCAAUAAAAGAAAUGUCAAAUGUCAUAUUU